AUGUAUUCUAAACUCUCUAUGAGUGAUGUACCCCCUGUGGUUCUGAGUCAUAUUAUCAGUCUAGCUGGUUUCCAAUCCAGACUGGUCCUUCAAAAAGUAUCAUGGAAUCUUCGAAACUUCCUCAAAGACCGUCACUUUGAAUCCAACCUAAAAAGCAUUUCGAUUACAGUAACCCUAGACUUCAUAUCCAUUUAUAUCGACCCACAAAAUGAUUGGAGUCUAGACAUUGAGUAUCAAAAUGAGCCAAAUGGAUGCUCGGUUCAAAAUGGGAUGAAACCCAAAGUCUUUCUCAAAAAUCAAUAUUUCGUUACCAUUUUUCUUAAUGAUCUUAUCAUCAAUUUGAAAAAUCAAAAUUUGAAAAAUCAAAAAUCAGUUUUAGAACUAUUUCGAUUGAGUUUCGAAUGUGUUCUAGCUGGUUUUUUGAAAGGAAUUAGUGAAGUUUUGGAUAAUCGAGAUUCUCCUCUUCGAGUGGAAGAACUGAAUCUGGAAGUGACGAAUCAAGAAGAGGUAAUGAGUGUUCUACCAUACAUCGAUUCAAAAUCUAUAAGGAAAUUGUUCAUCUCUAGUUCCCAAAACUGUUUAAGUCUGGAAAUUGACCAGAUGGUACGGUUAGAUCAAUGGAAGUCAGCAAAAGAAUUGGAAAUAUUUAAUUGUAUUAUUUCCGCACCUCUCAAGGAUUUUUCUCACUUUUCAAACGCCAAAAUUCAAAUUGAAAUGGUCUGUUCAGAGGAUCUGCUCAUGCUAAAAGAGGCUUUUCUCAGCUCUUCAAGCUUCCAAAAGUUUAUUCUCAAAUACAAAUAUUUUGAUGAAAACGUUGAUCUACAGCUUCUGUUUGGAGAACCGGAUUUGAUUGACAGGGACACUUGGUCUUUUCCAUAUCCAGAUUCUGACGAAUCUCUUCGAUUGGUGCACUAUGAUAAUCGGGUUUUUGAUUUUUCGAAGAAUUUACAUUAUUCAAAAUUUAAAGUAAUCAAACUUUUUGACCGUUACCCUAAUUUGUUUUUUCUUGGUCAUAGAUCUAACGCGUCUUUCCACUCAUCCAACUCACUUUAUUCCGAAACUAAUCGGACGAGAAAUAACAACUACUCAAGGCAGUUAGAGCAAAGGAGUGCGAACACUGAAAAUGCUCGGGAAACAAGUGCUCAUCGUCAGUUUGAUGCUGAUAGUUUCAACUAUGCGGCAAACACCUAUGAAGCGAAAAAGAACCAACUUGUGCUGGAAAUGAGCGCAAGAGAGAAGACUAAUUGCGGAAAAGUUACGCAAAAAGACCUAACUUCGCCUCUUGAGAUUGUCUACGCCAGAGUUUUGACUGUAUCUGGUACUGGCAGUGACCUAACGAUUACCAAAAAUGUGGCUUGCAGUCGAAUUAACGAAAAGAAUGUUCGCGCCCACAGAUUCACCUGCCAAGAUAAUUUGGAUUUCAAUAACGCAUAUCUUUUGCUUGCCGUGAGAUCUAACGGCGGAAUGUUGUCGUCUCAAAUUGAGUAUCGUUAUCAGGAGAAACAUAUGAAGAUGUUUGAAAAGAAGCUCACCACAGCUGAGAUUCUCAAAAAACAAAGUUUCCAACCCGAUACGCAUAUCAGUAUCAACAAGAUCGUUAGCAACGACUUUGAGCAAUCGGGUCCUGAAAAUAACUGCAUCAAAGAAGGAACGUAUCCAGACAAUUUGAUUGGGGAUCACGGACUUUAUGUGACCAAACUUGUCAACGGAAAUAGUCCAAAACCAACUACCUGGACCAGAAUCUAUUUUGAUCCGGAUAGUGUUGGAGAGCAUUUGAUUGUGCCUGUCUGA